AUUAUCUCGGACGAUAACGUAUAAUAGAACUCAGCAGAAUUGGCAUUUGUUUAAAUCAAGACCACUCCUCUUGCCCCCAUUCUAAUUAGUACAUGAUUCCUUCUCGAGAGAAAGACACAUAAGCUCGCCCGUCUCCAGAGCCAGCUCGAGAACACGAGAAUGGGCAAACGUAAGAAGUCCAGCCGCAAACCAGCGGCUCCCAAGAAGAGAGAACCGCUUCCCACCACUUUCUCCUGCCUUUUCUGCAACCACGAGAACUGCGUCAUCGUCAAGCUUGAUAAGAAGUUGGGCCUGGGAAACUUGACAUGUAAAGUAUGUGGUCAGCGAUUUCAGACGGGAAUCAAUUAUCUCUCCGCGGCCGUGGAUGUAUACUCGGAUUGGAUAGAUGCUUGCGAUGCUGUCGCAAAGGAGAAAGAUGCAGAACGGGCAGCUCCGGCGGGUGGCUCCGGAAGCAAGGUCGCGGAGCGAGAAGAACUACCGGUCGGAGCCGAUGACGAAGAUGAAUAUUAGAGAUUCUAGUUUAACGGAUUUAGGGUUUUUCUCAGCAUAAAGUGGCGUUUAGGAUUAUCAUAUAUUAGGAAGUGGGUAAACAAGCAACAUCGGGGUUCAAUGCAUCAUGUAUCAACGUC